AUGGGUGCUCGUGCUAAUACAUUCAAUACCCCUGGUGUUGUCGAGCAUGCACACUUUCUUAAGGAAGUAGACGAUGAACAAAGGAUUCGUAGACGUGUGCUAGACUGCUUCGAAAGAGCAAGUCUUCCGAGCAUAAGUGAAGACAAAAGGAAAAUAAUUCUUCAUUUUGUUGUUGUGGGAGGAGGUCCAGCAGGUUUGACAAAAGAAUUGCAGCGUUUGCUGAAGAAAAGUUCGCAAGGGAUAGAAUCAACCUUAAAGUUGGAUCAAUGGUUACGAAAGGCAAAAGAAGGAGAUGAUGUGUUGGAUUUAUGUUGUGGAAGUGGGGAUUUGGCUUUUCUUGUCUGA